UAGACCAGCUCGACCGCCGCAAAACGCGACAGUCUGGACACAUUGUGUGCUCAAAAGCGUGUUUUUGCGACUUCGCUAUCCGAACUGUAGGGCUGUGUACAUCAAAUGCAACCCUAAAUUUAAUCAAGAUGUUCACAGUUAUAGACAAGGUUUUUGGGGACCGACAUUCUCCACAGGAUAAGGCUCAUUUCCUUGAAGUGUCUCAUCAUAACAGCGCGUACUUCGGGCAGACUCCAAUAUAUUUACACUCGGACCCUACACCGAAGGUAGUAGCUGCGAAGGUGAACGCAUUGCUUCGGGCUCAUUCCACCAGCAAUGACGCUUUACUCCUUCUGGACUGCUUCCUUGACGUGCUGCCACACAAUAUCGUCAAAGGUGACGUCGUCGCCUGGAUACGGUCGGUGACCCGCCUUAUUUCUUGCAAGAAGGCUGACCCGGGACAACACAUUGCGUGGAACGUGCUUUUGAAGUUACUGCAGCGCGUCGCAAAAUAUACGGAACUCAGCAAGGAUGUGCCAGACGUUGUCUCUGGUAUCCUCCAGAAGAUCUUGGAAGACCUCUCUCCCGAAGUACGAGAGCCACGAGAGGGAGCCCUGAAAUGUCUCCACACGUGCAUGAAGCACUUUGGUGUGCUGUUAGGAUCGCAACAGGGUGUGCUGGAGAAGCUGCUCUGCAGACACCUUGUGGGUUGGAAUUCUUCGGCAGUACAGGAACUGGUCUGCCAAUGCUUGGCCUAUCUGCCAUGGUGCUGCAGAGGUGGCGUGCACAAGCAGACUGAAAUGUGGGCAGCUCAGAUGCGCCGCCUUGUGGCAACUGUCAACGUCUGCCUCGACUCUUUAUUUGAAGACCUGCACGUUGCGAGAAGUAACGUCUCCGCUGACGCUGCAUUGACGCUCGAAAAUUCAACCAGUUUCGGUCCUCACUCAACAGUUUUCUUGAACUGGAGACGAGUGCAGAAUUCUAGUCAUGCCAUUUCGCUCAUGUUCAGCACCGGUGUUUCACAUACCGUUCCCGUGCCAAGCGAAGAGAUUAUACGUGUUGUCUCUCGUAUGCUCAGCGUCAGCCCUUCCAUGAUGUACUCUCAGCCGACAGCGCACGAAAAGAUGAUAGCUUCCAUAAUGCCGUCGCUUCAGGGAUCGGCACUGGAGCUGCUGAAACAGCUGAUCCUGAGCUGUCGGCAAACACUUGCAAGAGAGACGGAGUCCAUCACUGAAAUGGUAUUGCAAGUCAUUCUGCGGUCAGCAUCGCAGUCGUGCAUUGACAUCAGGAGGUUACGGAAGAUGGCUUACUCUGCUCUUGGCCUGUGGCUGCAAGUCAGCAAGUCGGGAUCCAGUUUAGAGGGAAGGGUCGACAAACUGAUCUCUGUGCUCUUGAAGGACAUACAGAUAGUUACAGGCUCCAUUGAGCUGAGCAGGAAAGGCAGCAAUACUGUACCCAGCAGCCCCUUCAUCACAGAAGAUGGCAAUCAUGUAGAUAUCUUAGAAGAUUUAUGUGAACAGGCACUGCAUGUCUUGCGGCAGAUCGUCUGUACUCACGGUACACGGCUGAAGAGUGACCUCCUUCAGGAGGUUCAGCGCAAUGUGGUGGUCCUGCUGUUGAAGAUACAGCAGCGGAGGUACAACCUCCCACAGCCCUAUGGGUCGCCUCGGUGCAGGAGCGCACUUUACGCCACUUUGCUGUCUCUUAUGGUCAACUUCAACACCUCCAUUCCUCCUCCACUUCACUGCUGCAUUCGCAUCUUCAGUGCAGGCCUGCACGAUACUUCAUUUGAGGUGGCAGAGCUAUGCACCCACGCUCUCGCCUGUGGCACGCUGAUCGCCCACCCGCUGACCUCUAGUCUUUCGAGGCAUGCACUUUCUGGUAAGGCACUGCGUUGCAUCCGUACUACACGCGAUGUCGCAUCACAAACCGCGGCAGACCUGGCAGACACGACCUGCGCCGCCACUCAAACGACAGCGCCGACCUUCACCGCUCAAGAAGCCAAGCAUCACCGACCGCGCCACGCAAAGAGGCAUCCGUAUUCGACCUUCCGCGACGAGGUGUAUUCGGACGGGGAAGAGUGUGAGGAGGAGGAGGAGGAGUACGACGAGGAUGAACUUUAUCACGAAGAGGUUGAAGAGGAACAACACCAUAACGGGUUGCGCACUCACAACGGCGGAGUCGCCAUUGCGGAACGGAGCAUGUACUUCAAGGAGCGCCUCCCGCUCAAGCGGUCCAUGAACCGUUCGCCCGUCAGGGAAGAGUACAGUUCGAAGCGUCUGCACUCGGAGGAUGUGGAUGAGGAGGAAAGCCUGGAUGAUGAGUCGCUCGGAAGCAUGGACGAAGAAGAGGAGGUGGAAUCUGAAUCUGGAGCGGAAGAUGUCUCCACGGCUGCUGACGUUUCGGCAGAAAUGGAGUUCAUUGACUUGGACAACGAGGCUGAGGAAGCCGCUGAUGAGGCGGCGGCGCUGAGCAGCGAAUUGGGAAGCACCCAAGAGGCUGCCGUCGCUGCUGAACCGGGAGAGUCGAAUGCACAGCUGGAAACUGAGCCUGUUCCAGAGCCCGAGUUGGUGACAAACACCGUAGAAGCAUCCUUAGAAGACUUAGGAGAGACUGCACCGAAGCAAGAGACUGGAGAGGGUGUUCCGUCGGACAUGAGUGAUGAGUUGUGUACAAAAGCUGAUGAGGUGCAGGAGGUGAAGGCCGAAUUGGAGGGCACGGAAAAUCAUGUGGACAGCACAUCCGCGGCGAAGUGUGCAGAGGAGAAGGGAGAGGAGGUCAUCGAAGAGGGCAAAGGCGACGAGGGAGAAGCCGCGGAUGCCAACGUGGAGAAAGUGCCAGUAAGCGAUCCCCAGAAGAGCUCGCAGGUUAAGGAUGGCUGCGGUCCAGAUGUUGCAGAAAUGCUGUUGGACUUCGUGGACUGUUCACCGGACGACUAAGCCAGGUGUCCAAUACUAACUUCCCGUAUUUUAAUGUUCACCUAUUAGUGUUGGUAUACUGAGGAAGAAGUACGCACGCCAUCAGUUAUACUUUCGAAAUAAAAAGUCUUGGUACAGUCA